GGCAACACUGGACCACCAACUUCCGGUUUCACAAUGGCGCAUUUGUUUGUGUAAAGUUGUAUUGCGUCCACAAAACCAUGCCGGGGUCCAUUGAAAUACCCCUACGAGAUACCGACGAGGUAAUCGAGCUAGACUUCGACCAGCUUCCAGAUGGUGAAGAAGUGCUUGGAAUUCUUCGCCAGGAGCAAGCCCAACUUCACAUAUGGGUCAAUUUAGCACUGGAAUACUACCGCCAAGGGAAGGUAGAAGACUUCGUUCGGAUCCUUGAAGUUUCUCGGACGGAUGCCCGAGUGGACUACCGGGAUUUCGAACAGGAUCAGAUGACGUGCCUGGACACACUGGCUGCCUAUUUUGUGCAGAAAGCCAGCAAGGAAAAAAAUAAGGACAAAAAGAUGGAGCUCUUCACAAAGGCAACAUUUUUGUACACAACUGCGGAUAAGAUUAUCAUGUACACCCAGAACCAUUUGCUCGGCCGAGCAUACUUCUGCCUUCUGGAAGGUGACAAAAUGGAUCAGGCCGACGCCCAGUUUAACUUUGUGCUGAAUCAGUCACCCAACAGCAUUCCUUCACUCCUGGGCAAGGCCUGCAUCGCUUUUAACAAGAAAGAUUAUCGCGGCGCUCUAGCCUUCUACAAGAAGGCACUCCGGACAAAUCCCAACUGUCCCGCAGAGGUUCGACUUGGCAUGGCCCACUGCUUCUACCGCCUCAACAAGCAAGAGAAGGCCAGGGCUGCUUUUGAACGUGCCCUCGCCCUCGACCCUCAGUGUGUGGGGGCCCUGGCUGGUCUUGCAGUGUUGCAGCUCAACUUCAAGGGCCCCGAAGCCACGCGGCAGGGCGUGCAGAUGCUGUCGAGGGCGUACGCCGUCGACCCGUCUUGCCCGGUGGUGCUGAACCAUCUUGCGAACCACUUUUUCUUCAAGAAGGACUACGGGAAAGUGCAGCACCUGGCACUACACGCGUUUCAUAACACCGAGAACGAAGCCAUGCGUGCCGAAAGCUGUUACCAGCUGGCACGGUCGUUUCACGUUCAAGAGGAUUUUGAUCAGGCUUUUCAGUAUUAUUAUCAGGCUACGCAGUUUGCUCCCGCAUCUUUCGUCCUACCCCAGUUUGGUCUCGGCCAGAUGUACAUAUUCCGCGGGGACACGGACAACGCUGCCCAGUGUUUCGAAAAGGUCUUGAAAGCCCAACCUGGAAAUUAUGAAACAAUGAAGAUCCUGGGCUCGUUAUAUGCAAAUUCCUCCAGUCAGUCGAAGAGGGACCAGGCCAAGACACAUUUGAAGAAGGUAACGGACCAAUUUCCCGAGGAUGUUGAAGCCUGGAUCGAGUUGGCACAGAUUCUGGAACAGAGUGACGUCCACGCGGCCCUGAAUGCUUACGGCACGGCCACUCGACUGCUCCAGGAGAACGUGAAGGCAGACAUUCCCCCCGAAAUUCUCAACAAUGUUGGAGCCCUGCAUUUCCGACUCGGCAACCUUCAGGAAGCUAGAAAAUACUACGAGUCUUCUUUGGAGCGCUGCCGAACAGAAGCGGAGAACGACGAGCAUUAUUACAGUUCAAUCUCAAUCACGACAACGUACAACUUGGCGAGACUCUACGAGUCUCUCAGCCUGUUUGACAAGGCGGAGCAGUCGUACAAGAAUAUUCUCAGAGAACAUCCAAACUAUGUUGACUGCUACCUGAGACUUGGCUGCAUGGCGAGGGACAGGGGUCAAAUUUACGAAGCUUCCGAUUGGUUCAAGGAAGCGCUUCAAGUCAAUCAGGAACAUGCUGACUCAUGGUCACUUAUUGGCAACCUCCAUCUGGCAAAGCAAGAAUGGGGGCCGGGCCAAAAGAAAUUUGAGCGUAUCCUCAAGGGAACGCCGGGAGACGCCUACUCGCUGGUGGCACUCGGCAAUGUCUGGCUGCAGACACUUCACCAACCCAUGCGUGACAGGGACAAGGAGAAGAGACACCAAGACAGAGCCCUUGCCAUGUACAAGCAGGUGCUGCGCUUAGAUCCACGAAAUAUCUGGGCAGCUAAUGGGAUUGGUGCUGUCUUGGCCCACAAGGGCUACAUCUCCGAGUCGCGCGACAUAUUUGCUCAAGUCCGUGAAGCAACCGCCGACUUCUGCGAUGUCUGGCUCAACAUUGCCCACAUAUAUGUCGAACAGAAGCAAUACGUGGCUGCCAUUCAAAUGUACGAGAACUGUCUGAGAAAGUUCUUUCGACACAACCAAGUGGACAUACUCCUGUACCUGGCUCGCGCUCUCUUCCGCUGCAACCGCCUACGUGAUUGCAGGCGGGUGCUCUUGAGGGCGCGUCGCGUUGCACCGCACGACACACAGCUGCUGUACAACAUUGCCCUCGUGCUGCAAAGAUUGGCGUCCCAGUGCUUACGUGAUGACAAGUCGUCUCUAAGCGUGGUGCUCUCGGCUGUCCAUGAACUUGGACUGGCGCACAGGUAUUUCCAGUAUCUCAGUGUCCAUGGUGAUCGAAUGAAGUACGACCUCGCUCAGGCAGCUGUGGAGGCUAGGCAGUGCCAGGAUUUACUUAGCCAGGCUCAGUAUCAUGUGGCACGUGCGAGACGAAUGGAUGAAGAGGAACGUGAAGUGCGCAGGAAGCAAGAAGAAGAAAGAGAGGCUCUUCGAAGGAAGAUUUCUGAGGAGCAGCGCCUGCUGGAAGAACAGAAGAGGCAACAAGCUGAGGCUAUGAUCAUGAAGCGACAGGAAUUCGUAGAGAAAACCAAGGGCAAAUUGCAGUUCAGCGAUAUGCCUGAGGAGAAGCCCUCCAAGAAGGGCAAGGCAUCACGCAAAAGCAUGCAAGACUUUGUCAACGACAGCAGUGAUGAUGGCGAAGUACGUGAGAACUCCGAGAAUGCAGACCCCAAGAAGAAGCGAAGGAAGCAUGGAGAUGGAGAUGAGAAAGGGCACAGGAAGAGGAAAGAACGUACCAGCAGGAGAGAUGCUGAAGGUGGAGAGGGCAGGAAACGCUCUCGCAAGGGAGGCAAGCCGACCAAGAAGAGCGCUGCCAAGGAAACGGGCAUGACCGGCAAGCAGAGGUUGAGGAUUGUUUCCAAGGCCACAAUAUCCUCCAGCGAUGAUUCCGACUCUGAUAAGGAAGGUGCUAAAGGAAGUGGCAGUGACAGCGGCGCAACGAAGAGGAAACGAAUUUCUUCUGGUAGUGAGGACGAAGGAUCGGAUGUUGGAAGAGGGAAGAAACGACGGGUGGUGUCGUCUGGAUCUGAGAAAGAGGGUUCUGACAGGUCAGCUGCAAGCAGUCCAGCGCGGAGAUCGGGCUCAGGAUCCCGAUCCAGGUCUCGAUCAAGGUCAAAGUCUAAAUCUAGGUCAAGGUCGGGAUCACGAUCGAGGUCAAGAUCUGGCUCCCGGUCAAAGUCGGGUUCUAGAUCAAGGUCAAGGUCUGGCUCCCGGUCAAAGUCAGGUUCUAGAUCAAGGUCAAGAUCGAAGUCAGGUUCCAGAUCAAGGUCCAGAUCAAAGUCCGGCUCAAGGUCCAGGUCACGGUCAAAGUCCGGCUCAAGGUCCAGAUCACGGUCAAAGUCUGGCUCACGGUCCAGGUCACGGUCAAAGUCAGGCUCCAGGUCCAGAUCUGCCUCCGGGUCUCCUGCGCGUUCAAAAUCUAGGUCGGGAUCUGGGUCUCCUAGGCGAUCAAGGUCCGGCUCUCCCGCAAGAUCUGGAUCGGGUUCUCCUGCAAGGUCUGGAUCAGGCUCCCCCGCGAAGUCAGGAUCUGGAUCACCAGCCAGGUCAGGAUCGGGUUCUCCGAGGAGGUCAAAGUCAGGAUCACCUGCCAGAUCUGGGUCAGGAUCCCCAGCGAGGUCUGGAUCGGGAUCACCCGCGAGGUCAAAGUCACGAUCUCGCUCUAGGUCUGGUUCACCACAGCGGUCUGGUUCAGAGAGUGCUCCAUCUCCUUCCAGAUCAGAGAGAUCCGGAAGCGAAAGUGACUAAGUUCAUUCAUAUUUUCAACAUCGGCAAUGCUGGAAUUUGUUAAAUAAAAUGGUUGAUAUCUGUA